ACCCAGGGCUGCUGCCUCCAUUAGGACUCUGCUCCUUCGGUCCCCACAGCUAAGUCCUGAGCACAAUGGCCGCCGGAGCAGUGACAGAGAUGUGGCUGGUGCCCAUGGGGCAGAAGAUGCUGCUCUGGGGCGUCCUGAGCGCUGUCUCCCUGGCCGGAGGCGCCCUGGUGUUGAACCUCCUGCAGAUGCUGGCGAGCUACGCGCAGAAAUGGCUGCAGCUGUGGACCGUCCCGACAAUACGUGGCGCCCUUCCCUUUGUAGGACACGCGCUGUGGUUGAAACCUGAUGCAAGAGAAUUUUUCCAGCAGUUAAUUGAAUAUACUGAAGAAUUCCGACACCUGCCACUGGUCAAACUCUGGCUUGGGCCAAUGCCAGUGGUGACCCUUUAUAACGCAGAAAGUGUGGAGGUAAUUGUGACUAGUUCAAGGCAAAUUGACAAGUCCUAUCUGUACAAUUUUUUAGAACCAUGGCUUGGCCUAGGACUUCUUACAAGUACUGGAAACAAAUGGCAUGCUCGCAGAAAAAUGUUAACACCCACUUUCCAUUUUACAAUUCUGGAGAACUUCUUAGAUGUCAUGAACAAACAAGCAAAUAUAUUGAUUAAUAAGCUUGAGAGACAUGUUAACCAAGAAGAAUUUAACUGCUUUUCUUACAUCACACUGUGUGCCCUAGAUAUCAUCUGUGAAACUGCUAUGGGGAAGAAUAUUAAUGCUCAAAGUCAUGAAGAUUCUGAGUAUGUACGUGCUGUUUAUAGAAUGAGUGAUAUCUUACUUCGAAGAAUCAAGAUGCCCUGGCUCUGGCCUGAUCGAAUAUUCCUUAUGUUUAAAGACGGAAAGGAACACAAGAGGAGCCUAAUGAUUCUACAUAAUUUUACCAAAAAUGUCAUAGCUGAACGGGCCAAUGAAAUGAAGAGGGAGGAAGAAAAUCCAACUGACCACCAGGGCACCGCCUCCUCCAAAAAUAAACGCAGGGCUUUUCUUGACUUGCUUUUAAAUGUAACUGAUGAUCAAGGGAACAAGCUAAGUCAUGAUGAUAUUCGAGAAGAAGUUGAUACCUUCAUGUUUGAGGGCCAUGAUACAACUGCAGCUGCAAUGAACUGGGCUUUAUACCUGCUGGGUUCUUACCCAGAAGUCCAGAGAGAAGUGCACAAGGAGCUGGAGGGAGUGUUUGGAAGGUCUGAUCGUCCUGCUACCUUAGAGGACCUGAAGAAACUUAAAUAUCUGGAAUGUGUUGUUAAGGAGACCCUUCGCCUUUUUCCUUCAGUGCCUUUAUUUUCCAGACACCUUAAUGACGACUGCAAAAUUGCGGGUCACAGAAUCGUGAAAGGCUCUGAAGUAAUCGUCAUUACCUAUGCACUGCACAGAGACCCCAGGUUCUUCCCAGACCCCGAGGAUUUCAAGCCAGAAAGGUUCUUUCCAGAAAACUCACAAGGACGCCAUCCAUAUGCGUAUGUGCCCUUCUCUGCUGGACCAAGAAACUGUAUAGGUCAAAAGUUUGCCAUGAUGGAAGAAAAGACCAUUCUUUCCUGCAUCCUGAGACAUUUUUGGGUAGAAUGCAACCAGAAAAGAGAAGAACUUGGCCUGGCAGGAGAUCUGAUUCUUCGUCCAACUAAUGGCAUCUGGAUCAAGUUGAAGACACACAAUGAGACACACCAAUGAAUCCUAACUUAUUAUUUAACUAUGCCUUUAUCAUGCAAAAUUUCUUCCAUUAAGAUAAAUUUGCAUUUAUAAUUUCUAGAUCAUGAGCUCAACACUCAAGACUUUUUUUUCUUGUUAAGUCAAUGAGUGGGUUUUUAUGUUUUCAUCGAUAUUACUCCCAUUCUUGAUUCCAAAAAUUAGACCCAAAUAAACACAUUACAAGUUUCUCAAUGGAGGCAU